UCCAAGAUGGCGGAUCCCGUCACGGGCUGAGUCCGUCGGUGGCGCGCGCGCCUCGGUGUCCGCGCUGGAGCCAUCGCCGCAGAGCUUCCCCGCCUCGCCCGCCGCCACCCAGGUUCCCAUUCUGAAAGCCAUUAGGAGAUACUCUGCCACCCUAUUGGAUUACACUCUAUACAGCUCAGCAUGUCAUCGUGCCCUGGAUUUUAUAAGGUGGCCUUGAUUUAAUCCCCACUUCCAGUUUCUAUGUAUUGGUGAAGCACUGGAGCUCUUUAGAGCUGCUGUUACUUGCGUGGAAACUGAUCUGUCUUGAGUCCCUUCUCCAAAGGACUAGACGUUACUAGCAAUGAGCUCCCAAAGCCAUCCAGAUGGGCUUUCUGGCAGAGACCAGCCAGUAGAGCUGUUGAAUCCACCUAGAGUGAACCACAUGCCUAGCUCUGUUGAUGUGACCACAGCAUUGCCUUUGCAAGUUGCACCGACUUCAGUCCCAAUGGAUCUACGCUUGGACCACCAGUUUCCCAUGCCUGUGACAGAGCCAACACUGCGGGAACAGCAGCUGCAGCAGGAGCUCCUGGCAUUGAAGCAGAAACAGCAGAUCCAGAGACAGAUCCUUAUCGCUGAGUUCCAGCGGCAGCAUGAGCAGCUCUCCCGGCAGCAUGAGGCCCAGCUGCAUGAGCACAUCAAACAGCAGCAGGAGAUGCUGGCAAUGAAGCAUCAGCAAGAGCUGUUGGAGCACCAGAGGAAGCUGGAGCAGCACCGACAGGAGCAAGAGCUGGAGAAGCAGCACCGAGAGCAGAAACUUCAGCAGCUAAAAAACAAAGAGAAAGGAAAAGAGAGUGCAGUGGCAAGCACAGAAGUAAAGAUGAAAUUACAAGAAUUUGUCUUAAAUAAGAAGAAGGCAUUGGCACACCGAAAUCUCAACCACUGUAUAUCCAGUGACCCUCGCUUCUGGUACGGGAAGACACAGCACAGCUCUCUGGACCAGAGCUCCCCACCCCAAAGUGGCGUCUCCGGCACCUACAAUCACCCUGUACUGGGGAUGUAUGAUUCCAAAGAUGACUUCCCACUCAGAAAAACAGCAUCUGAACCCAAUCUGAAGUUACGCUCCAGACUAAAGCAAAAGGUUGCUGAGAGACGGAGCAGCCCUCUCUUGCGCAGGAAAGAUGGACCAGUGGUUACUGCUCUGAAGAAGCGUCCACUGGAUGUCACAGAUUCUGCAUGCAACAGUGCUCCUGGAUCUGGUCCCAGCUCUCCAAACAACAGCUCCAAUAACAUCAGCACCGAGAACGGAAUUGCAGGAUCAGUCACGAGUAUUCAAGCAGAGACCAGCCUGGCUCACAGACUUGUGAAUCGUGAAGGCUCAGUAACACAACUUCCACUCUACACAUCUCCUUCUUUGCCCAACAUCACGCUUGGACUGCCUGCAACUGGCCCUUCCAGCGGAGGAUCAGCACAGCAGGAUGCGGAGCGACUUACUAUCCCAACCUUACAGCAGCGAAUCUCUUUAUUUCCUGGCACUCACCUCACUCCCUACUUGAGCACUACAACAUUGGAAAGAGACGGGGGAACUGCACAUAACCCUCUUCUGCAACACAUGGUCUUACUGGAACAGCCAACUGCACAAACGCCCUUAGUCACAGACUGGUAUCUUUCAGGACUGCCCCUCCAUGCACAGUCUCUGGUUGGUGGAGAACGGGUCUCCCCUUCAAUACACAAACUCCGACAGCAUCGCCCGCUGGGGCGCACACAGUCUGCUCCACUUCCCCAGAACGCCCAGGCCCUCCAGCAGUUAGUCAUCCAGCAACAGCACCAGCAGUUCUUGGAGAAACACAAACAGCAAUUCCAGCAACAGCAACUGCACAUCAACAAGAUUAUAUCAAAACCCAAUGAACCAGCUCGUCAGCAUGAAAGCCACCCUGAGGAGACAGAAGAAGAGUUAAGGGAACACCAAGCCCUUUUGGAGGAGCCAUACAGUGACCGAGUCACAAGCCAAAAGGAGGCCCCAGGGAUGGCCAACAUGGUGCAAGUGAAGCAAGAACCCAUUGAGAGUGAUGAGGAAGAAGCAGAGCCACAGCAGGAGCUGGAGUCUGGGCAGAGGCAGGCUGAACAGGAGCUGCUCUUCCGUCAGCAAGCCCUUCUAUUGGAGCAGCAACGUAUUCACCAGCUGAGAAACUACCAGGCAUCGCUGGAGGCAGCUGGCAUGCCAGUCUCUUUUGGUGGGCAUCGGCCUCUGUCCCGUGCACAGUCUUCUCCUGCCUCAGCCACCUUCCCAAUGUCUGUACAGGAGCCACCCACUAAGCCAAGAUUCACAACAGGCCUUGUAUAUGACACCUUGAUGCUGAAACACCAGUGUACCUGUGGAAACACAAACAGCCACCCUGAGCACGCGGGGAGGAUCCAGAGCAUCUGGUCCCGGCUUCAGGAGACAGGUCUCCGUGGCAAGUGUGAGUGCAUCCGUGGAAGAAAAGCAACUCUAGAAGAGCUGCAGACAGUUCACUCGGAAGCCCAUACGCUGCUGUAUGGCACAAACCCUCUGAACAGACAGAAACUGGACAGCAAAAAACUUCUAGGCUCUCUAACAUCGAUGUUUGUCAGGCUUCCUUGCGGUGGUGUUGGGGUUGACAGUGACACAAUUUGGAAUGAAGUUCACUCCUCUGGUGCUGCUCGCUUGGCUGUGGGCUGUGUCAUUGAGCUCGUUUUCAAAGUAGCCACAGGAGAACUGAAGAAUGGAUUUGCUGUUGUUCGGCCUCCAGGUCACCAUGCAGAAGAGAGCACACCCAUGGGUUUCUGCUACUUUAACUCCGUGGCAAUCGCAGCCAAGCUGCUCCAGCAACGACUGAAUGUUAGCAAAAUCCUUAUAGUGGACUGGGAUGUCCACCAUGGGAAUGGUACUCAGCAAGCUUUCUACAAUGACCCUAAUGUUCUUUACAUUUCACUACAUCGCUACGAUGAUGGGAACUUCUUUCCAGGCAGUGGUGCUCCUGACGAGGUUGGCACAGGAGCAGGAGUUGGUUUCAAUGUUAACAUGGCCUUUACUGGUGGCCUUGAUCCGCCAAUGGGAGACACAGAGUACUUAACUGCUUUCAGAACGGUGGUAAUGCCCAUUGCCAAUGAAUUUGCCCCAGAUGUUGUGCUGGUGUCAUCUGGUUUCGAUGCAGUGGAAGGCCAUCCCACACCUCUUGGAGGAUAUAAUCUAUCAGCAAAAUGCUUCGGGUACCUGACGAAGCAGCUGAUGGGCCUGGCUGGGGGUCGCAUCGUCCUGGCCCUUGAAGGAGGCCACGACCUCACCGCCAUUUGCGAUGCCUCGGAAGCGUGUGUUUCUGCUUUGCUGGGAAAUGAGCUUGACCCUCUUCCAGAAAAGGUUUUCCAGCAGAGAGCAAAUGCUAAUGCAGUACAUUCAAUGGAGAAAGUGAUCGAGAUACACAGCAAGUAUUGGCAUUCUCUCCAGCGUUACUCCUCCACGGUGGGUUACUCCCUGGUUGAGGCUCAGAACUGCGAGAAUGAGGAGGCAGAGACAGUAACAGCCAUGGCAUCUCUGUCAGUGGGCGUGAAACCAGCAGAGAAGAGACCUGAUGAUGAACCCAUGGAAGAGGAACCUCCCCUGUAGCAUUCACCAUCGCGCUGGAGUUCUCCUUUGUUCGUCUUUGUCUUGAAGCUCUGCCAAGAAGCUUUCUCUUGUUACUCCUGUGUCCUGUCGUGGUUUCUUCCAGAAUACAGAAGGACAACCAGGUGUAAAACAAAGCAACCGAAAAAAAAAAUCUCUCCAUAUCUAUACGCAUCUGCAGUGUAUAUUUGCCGAAAAAGAAAAACGCUGGUGAAGAUUGGUAAAGGCCUGACACAUGGGGCACUCUUCCUCUGGUCCUCACUGGGAGCCGACAGGGGAGCGACGCCCGUGAAGUCUUUGGCAGAGAAAACAAACAGAAAAAAAAAAGAUUCAACAACACAUACAAAAGUCAAACAAAUCUUUAAGGUAAAACUGGUGCUUAUGAUCUGAUUACCCACAAUGCAGCAAUCUCUGAUUGAACCACUCAACCCAUCUUGUAGUUUCGUUUCUUGGAUUUUUUAAAUGGCUCUUGCCUGCCUGUGAGUCAACGACAUUCUUGUUGGAACCAGAACAAUGGGAGAUGGUGUAUUUUUCACGGGGAGGGACAGGGAAAGAGGGACUCGUCUGACAUCUAAAGGAAAGGGAAAGAGACGAGGGGGAAAUGAUAGCUCAGAUGGAGUCGGCUUUAUUGUCUCCAAAGCCAUCUGAAGAUGAGUUUGUGCCUUUUUUUUUAAUUGAUGGAUUUGGUGCAGCUGGAUUUUCUGAAGUUUGAGGAACAAUGCCUUAAGUAAAAAAAGAAAAAAAAAAGACAAAAAAUAAACCCAGAACAAAACACAAAGGACAGAGCAGUUCAUGGAUAUUUUUCCUCUGAUUGGGAGAGCCAAGAACUGCCACAGGAAGGAAGACUUUUUGAUUUGUGCUGGCAUGACGGUGGGAAGCAGGCAUCAGCUGAACAGAGCGUCUCCAAAAACUGUCUACAAGUUUGGAUUUGUUUUGUUUUCUUUCAUUGCUAUUUCAGAAAAAAAAAAAAAAAGAAAAAAAGAAAAAAAAAGAAGGUAGUUGCCAAGAAAGUGGCAAAUACUGUUGGGUCUUUGAAAUUCAACCAUUUUUACAAACAAAUUUUCAAAUGUUUUCUCUCUUCUACAUUAUCUAGUAAUUGAAUUUACCAAUUUGGUUGUUGACGCAUGUAUUAGACAUAAAUGCAGGUUUAAGACUGGAAUGCUUUUUAUUAAAAGCAACUAGCAUGAGAUAUUGCUUAAAUUGUUAGGUAUCAAUAUAUAUAUGUGCAUAAUGUAUAUUCCAAAUGUAUUCCAAGCUUAGAAACCAGAUUCCUAUGAAUUAUUGAUACAAAUAUUUAUGAUGCAUUUAUAGAAAAGUAUAUGUAAUAAAUGCAUACAAUAACAGCCAUUGGAAGCUCCCUAGGGACAGAUUGGUGAAUUGAAACAUAAAAGGUGCUUUUGGGAAAGGAUCCAGGUUGAAACUCGAGGACUUCAGAGGACAGGUUGGAAAGUUUUUCAGAAAGCCAACAUGUUAGCCACUGGGCAACUACCCUAAACAUUUGUAUUUUAAUUUAAGGUUUUUAGUUGUGAUCCUUUUCUAACAAAAACAAAAAAAUGAGUUUUUUUAUAGCAAAGAUGAUGAAUUUGCUGUUAAUUUUUAUAUCGAUAUUUCACAAAACCCUACAAAAGCCUUGUUUGUGUGACUCUGACAUUUCUUUUUGAUUUGGCAGGUUUCAUUUCCAAAUGUCAAUAGCGUCUAAACCUUUUUUCCCCUCCCACUUUUGUUGCUUGUAUAUGAUUUUCCGUUUUGGGUUUUUUGAUUUUUGUUUCCUUUUCCUUUCCUUUGAUUUUUGUUUCCUUUUCCUUAAGUCCUCUGUAUGGUGAGCAGCUUUCUGCAGGCGUAAGGAACCGUGGCAGAUCGUCAGCGUUUAUUUUUCAGAAAGGUUGCGUUUUUUAUCGAGGAGGAAGGAACAUGACAGGCUCUUGUGUAUAAUGCUACCGCUGACUGUAUAUUUCCUCAGUUCUGUUAUAAUAGCUAUGUAAAGAAAAUAAGGAAUUUUCUUACCUUCACCACAGUAGCAUUGCAGUUGGCAAUGCCUUUGUCCUCUGCGCAGAUGGCAGUGAGGAUGGCGGGACGCUCCCGGGACAGAUGAUGUUUUCUCUCCGCUGGACAGACGGACACACAGACACACACACACCUCCCUGCCGCCUCUUUCUCUCUCUCUCUCUCUCUCUCUCUCUCUCUCUCUCUCUCUCUCUCUCUCUCUCUCUCUCUCUCUCUCUCCUCUCCCCCUCGCUGACAGGAUUGAACUUUUUCCCGAGGGUGUUUUUCCCCGCUGCGAGAGGGUCAUUGCCUUGCACCUGCCUCGGCUGCCACCUCUGCAGAGCAGCAAAGCUCUGCCACGAAAUGUCCGAGCAGCUCAGAGGAGACCAGCCUGACACGCAUGCCUUCCUACAGCAGUGUGGGACAGCAUGCACCUCUCCUCCCAACAGCCAUGGGUAGCGGGUUUUUGUCAUUGGUAAUGAUUUUAUUCUGUUACAAUGAUGAUUGACAGGUCGCUUCCAGUAACUUACUUUUUUCCAGUUCCUGAAGCGACUGUUUUCAUUCCAUUCGGGACUCGCUCACAGGAAGAAUUUGGAGCAUAACCACAUGUGUGAGCAAGCACAAGAAGCUUUUUUUUUUCCUUCUUUGGUUUAUAAUACAAUUUAAAAAAACAGACACUACUGUAUUUGAGUUUUGCAAACCCAAGUACGUGUUAAAAUGUUGAAUCACUUUGGUCACGUAGGACCAUCCUCAGCAAAUUCUAAAACGAAUCUUCCCGUGUGAAAACACGCCAUACCUGGGGACGUGGCUUGGUUUUUUUUGAACCGACCACUUUGCUGCUGUGAUUUAGAAUUAAUCUGGCUGCCGAAUCUGGUGACUGACAUUAAAUUUUCCUUUUGCCGUGUACGCACUGUGGGCAGUGACCAUGUUUACACAAUCGUUUCUAUUGUCAGCUCUUCCCUGGAAGGUUUUGGUAUUUCUCCUCUUGACCGUGGCAAAGCUUUUUCUUUUCUUUUUGCGUUCCUGAGAGGGCCAGCUGGCCGUGCUGAGCCAGUUUCUUUCUGAAAAUCAUAGGAGCUUUUCAGGAUGCCACCUUCGUUUCUUUCCAUCAUUUCACUCAGCCUUUUGCCAGGGCCGGAAAGAUUUUUUCUGAGACAUCAGAUCUUGUCUCCUCCAAACUUCUGGCAACAUGGAUUCGUUUCACAGCAGCACCCACUCUCCAGAUGAGGUGGGGAUGCUCCCCGGGGCCAGUGCGGGGAGGGGGGAAAAGAGUCCUCAUUUUCAGGCUCACUGGGUUUUUUCACCUUUAUGAGCCGUCGGCUUCUUCAUUUCAGAUGACUUUGCCACAGGGCAGCUGCACCAGCAGGGCGGGAGGCUGGGGAUGCUCCUGCAUCUCAGCGUGGUGCUGCCCAGGGCAUCCUUCCUACUUGCUUGGAAAGAAAGAAGCAUCUUUAAAUCCUCUGUACAGAGAAGCAAGGCCCAGUUUGCAGUACGCAAGUAAUUACUGGGGUUUUUGGUUGUGUUUUUUUUGGUUUGGAUCUUUUUUUUUUUUACUUUCAAUACAAAACAUUCCUUUUUUUAUUAGUCACAGUCAUGUAUUCAUUCCAUUCUUCCUUUUGUAAACUUUUUUGGGCCCACGUCUUUUAUGGGCAUUGAUAUAUAUAUAAAUAAAUAUAUAAAUAUAUAUGAAUAUAUUUUUUUAAGUUUCCUACACCUUGAGGUUGCAUGGUCUGUAAGGUUGGCAUGUCUUUAUGUUGUAUACAGAUUUUGCAUGCCAAACUUGGCAGCUUUGAAUAUGGUAAAAAGAAAAAAAAAAAAAAAACAGGUGGUUUUGGGGGUUUUUUUGGGCAGGAUGGAUUUUGGGGGUUUUGUUUUCUUUUUUUUUUUCCUCUCGUGGCAUUUUCAGAAACUAAAGCUUGGGAUGUUGUCACACACACACACACACACACACACACAUCUACACACAAUGGAAGGAGAGGGGGAACCUUUUUUGCAUCUUAUUGAACAUAAUAAGAAAUUGUGCUUUUUAUUGUUAAAAAGAGUAAAUAAACAGGACUACUUAAACAUUUCUCAUUUUAAGAAGAAAAAAGAAAAAAAAAAAAGACGUUUAUCUAGCACUUGUGACUUACCAAUAAUAGAGUUUAUUGUAUUUAUGUGGAAACAGUGUUUUUAGGGAAAAUUACGCAGAACACGCAAAGUAAAACUGCCUGUGUCGUUAUUUUUAUUCCUUUUAGUUUGGCUUGGUCUUUUGUUUUUUCGGCUGGGUGGGGAGGUCACAUGCAACCCUUUGUCCACACACAUAGUCGUUAGUUCUAAGGAGAUGAAUGACAAGGAAUUUAAAGAGUUAACUCUUCAGCACAGCUGUGUUAACUUUUUUAAAAUUGCUUUUACAUGAUGUAUUAUUGCUGGGUUUCACUUUAAACAGUCGUGUACUGUGCAACACUGUGGUUUAAAACAAGACUUUACAUUGAAAGAAAAACACGUUUCUUCAUUGUCAUGAGGUGGAGCUCGUUCUUUGGCUCACCUCCGCUUUGUCUUUGAUAUUGAUGAAAAGUAUCCUAUUGAAAGAAAAUAAAUUAACACUUUUCUGUGCUCCAUAGUGGAGCCCCUAUUUUCCAGUUUAUGAGGAUGACAAACUUAUAUAUAUAAUAUAUAUAUAAAAGUGGGGGGGGAGGGGUUGAAACAUUAUUCACCCAAGAGCUUAUUACAGAUAUGUAGUAUCAAAAAGUUGUAACUAUAUUAUAUUCUACUUUAUACCUAUACAUGCUCUGUAUGACAUCACCAUUGGUAGCAGCUACCGGUUUACGCUGUAAUUUAGACACAAUUUCACUCUCGUUGUAUGGACCCUACUUUACGUGAUGGUAGCAUUCUUUGUGCUAAACUUUCUGAUGAUCCUUUCUUUUACUUGGUGGAGUUGGAAUAUGUUUCUCAUUCUUGAUUUUGUUUGGGUUUUUUUUUUUAUUUUGUUGUUUGGGGUUUUUUUUCUCUUUUAUCCUCUUUUUUUUCUUUUUUACUGGCCAAUGGUGUCUUUCUCUUGACAGUACCGACUUCAAUUUCACUUUAUUAGGAGUCCAGUAUUUUGUACCACAUUAUGACAACUUGUUAUUCUUGUGGUGU